GUUACUCAUUCUACUAGUAGAUGGCUGAACCGAUUUCGUCCAUCUAAUAUUCAAAUAAAAGGUAUUAAGGUUAUAUAAAAGCUUGUUUUUUAAUCAUUUUCGACUUCCGGUUCUGGAGAUACUGGGUGAUUAGUGCAAAAAUUUUACAUAAAUUUAUCGGGUUUAUCGGGUUCAUAGAUUUUGAGAGUCGAUGACCAAAAAAAAAUUAUUUCAGUUCACCGGUAUUCGGUUUUUGAUCCCAAAAGGUACCCAACAAUUUUAUGCUAGGUGGAUUAAGUACGUUUAAUAGAGUACAAUAAGCGUAAUUUUUGUUCCUGGCAAUUUUCGAUGCUGUGUAGUAAUCAAUUUCUAGUAUACAAGGGAUGCACUUUGUCCAAAGAUUGUGAUUUUCUCGCAAUAUCUAAUUGUAGUAAUUUUGAGUAUUGGAGAACGCAUAAUUAGAAACAAGAUACUGAUAAAGAUUAUAAACUGAGAACUGCAAUCGUCCACAGACAGAACGUGACGUCUAAUAUAUUCAAGUUACCUUCCAAUAGCAGUAGUCACAAUUUAUGUACUAAUUAAUGAUAACCAAACAAUUUUUUAACCGGUUGAAAGGUUACUGUUUUGAUUCAUUCGCCAGCGUUUCAAAGCGACAGCCGAAGAGAAGCAGUUUCGUGACUUUAUGAGUUGGUUAGAUUUUUCGAGCGCUCUUGGAAUGACAUCAUGCCCGGUUGUUCCUUGUUUGGUCUACGCUCAGCUCUAGCUCGGGCAAAACAGAUUUUAGUCGUGUCGCGGAUUUCGGUCGCGUAAAAGCAACUGUCGGUGGAGCGAUUUAUAUUUCACUUUUGCUACGUGUUGUGUGAUUCACCGGGAAACCACAGUGAAACGGAUUAAUCUACAAAAAAAAAUCAUAAAAACAAUCUCGUUUGAAGAACAGUAAUGGAUCGACACUUUCAAAGGUAACCAUGUUAAAGUUUCUACUUAUAUCUGCCCUGGUGGCCGGAGCUAGUGCUGGAUACGCCAGCAGCCAAUACGCCGGUGCCGGUUACAACGGGGGUUUCGCGUCGAACUACGUCGGAUCGGGCGGAGCGGGUGCCGCAGCCGGGGGAGCUGCAUUUACGCCCGGAUUUGCACCCUACCAGCCGGUGCCGGCUUACCCAAACGCAUUCGACUUCAACGGCUUCUUUCAGCAAUUGCAGUCUAACUUUGCCAAUUCAGCUACCCAGGCUUUCGCAACGGCUGGAGCCACGGCAGCGGCCUCGGCAUCACAGUAUGGACGGUACCAUCCUCAUCAACCGAAUCCUCAUUAUCAGCAGCGACUACAGCAGAGCCCAGGAUAUUCCUACUCAGCCAAUUAUAACAAUCAUUAUCAAAACUACAACGGUCACAAUAGCAACUAUGAUCCGAUGAAUUUGUAUCAGCAACAGAUAGCGCAUCAGAAUGCUCUGUUCAACAAUAUCCGCCAGCAGCAGGCCGCAUUCGCGUCACAGGCCGCUAGCGCCGGAGCUGGAGCUGGAACCGGAAGCGGCUACGGCAGUGCUGGUUUUGCGGGUGCAUCCGCUUCCUACGGUCCAUCGGGAUUCCACCAGACGGCGCAAAUCUAUCCGGAAAAUCCGAAUUCGCCUAAUAUAAAUACUCGCUUUGGAGGUGACACACCGCAGGACGGAAACGGAUUCGUCGGUGUUUCCAGUUUCUCGUCUUCAUCCAACAUCAAUGGACAAACGCAUCGCGAAGCGGCAACUACGGUGAACGACAAUGGAAAAGUGACCUCGUAUCACGUACGCUCCUAAGUGGAUGACAGAUAGGAGAAAAUCUUUCACUCGAAGGAAGAAAUACACUAAUGAUACAUGAUCUGAAGCGUGUUACAAUAGCAGAUGUUGCGCUGAUUACGUUGAGUGAAAUAAUAGCAAUUAAGGAAAGUUAGUGCUAGCAGUGAAGGAAAGUCCGUACUUACAGAUCGAGUAAAUUACAUCAUCACAAAAGAAUAUGUGGAAUCGGGUAUAAUUUAAACAAUAAUCGAAAUUUUUAUGACUCAAUAAAAUAUUUAUAUCACUGAA